AUGUCGCUCAAAGUAGUAAUGAGCCGCGAAAGGCGACCGCUGCAUUGUCAUGCGCUUCUUCACUGCAAGGAGCGCCUUCCGCCUGAACAACGCGCGCAUACUUUCGAUAUCCGCCGCGGUGCCAUUGGGGCCCCCAUCGUCCAGCAGCCAGAAGCUUCCGCGUCCGUAGAAGAGCUCAAUAUUCUCCGACAGGCGGAGAUACUGCAGCUCACCCUCGGGGCGCCCUGCUGCAUCGCCUGUGGCAGUCAUGCGGUAUAG